GUAACAAGUUUAGUUAAUGUAGAAUGCAUAUUGCUAUUACAAGAUUCUCAUGUGGAUAACUUGCAACAGCUGAAAUUCGGCCCGGAAAAAAUACAGAAAGAAUCCUGCCUCAGUCUCAUUAUAACGGCGCAUUUCUUCUUCAUCAUCGCCAGCGAUAUCACUCUGUCCUCUCAUAAUUGCUAUAUGGCGAAAUACGUGGUUCAAGCGGCGUUUCUCGUAUGGAGCGUCUUCCUAUAUCUCGCGUUCCUGCACGCAGCUUACAAGGUCGAUCAUCUGCUUCGUACCAUGCCAAGCAGUAUGUUAACACGGGACAAUUCGAACGCACAUCAAAAAGGUAUCAUGCAGCUCGCGAUAUUGGCGCCGUAUAGCAAUUUGGCGACCUCAGUCGCUGCCGCGCUGGUACCCACCUUACUUGGCCCAAGGAUGAAGGGCCCGGAGGAAUGUGAAUCCGCGAAUGCGGGUAAAAGCGCGGAAGAGGCGACCGCGGAAGAAGAAUCGCGGAUCACGGCCAAGGUGUAUAAGGUGGAGGAACCGACGCGGAAGGAAACGAAUCGUGUUACGAUUGUACCCACGUGCACCGUACAAUCUCCGUCACAGGAACAGAAAUCGGCAGUACCAGAGGUCUACGUGAGACCGCCCACUCCCACUCCGUCGACCGUUAAUCUGCCGAUUAUAACCGUGUCUAGUCCGAGUCGCAGAAGCUCAAUGGCCAGUCGACGAGGCAGCGACACAUCCAACAGAUCGUCGCGCAGAAAUUCGGAGUGUAGCGUCAGAUUCGUAAACGAGGACGAUACGUCUCCGAUCACGCAAUGCAGACGCAUGACGGAAGGUAGCCCUAGACAUUUGCCGAGGAUGCGAGGAGACGAGCCACUCGAGAGAAGCCGCUCGCCCGAAAACGUAUCGCGACGAUAUUCGGAGAAUAUCACGCCGUUGGGCAGCACCAGGGAACUGAGACGUUGCUCCGAUUUCACCCAUGAAAAGAACCGCGGCUCGCAGUUCGCGACUAAACUCAGGAGGAACAGCGAUUUCGGUAACCGGACACCUAGAAGAAUGUUACCACUCGAAAAUGAACAUGUUAGAUUGCCUAAAGUUCUGGAUGUCAGCCCUGUGGGUUCAAGACGCAAUUCCGAUAUUGGUAGCUUCGCAUCGUCUCGACCUGACUCGCGUAGAAAUUCUGAGAGUUGCUAUCGACGUAACUCCGAGUUCGUUCAUAUUAAGCCGUUAAUUAUAAAUCGUCGAAGUAGCGAUAUCAGCAUCAGAACCUUGGACAGGAGUCCCACGCACUUUCAGAGUAUAGUACCUGUAAAGAUGGAGACGCAGGAGAAGUCCGAAUCAGAUUCGGAUCAACCUGAUUGCAGCGAGAAGGCGGCGCUGAUGAAGGAUAUGAAUUCGAAGAGAAAGGACGAAGAGACGAAAGCACGCAAAAAGAAUCUGUCAUGGAAUGACAAAAACAUUGAAGACCCGGAGAAUAUCACGGCGGAAACUAACUUGCUUCCUGAAACGCCUAAUGAAGCAAGAGUUAUGGGCACGGAUUUUACUCUUCAUUCGAUACUGAAUCAUAUCGCGUAUGUGAACCGAGCAAAAUCCGACACGCCAUUGCAUAUACCGGAAGCGGACACCGCCGCUGCUAGAAAAUCUCAGGUGCGAAGAGUAUUAAAUGUCACUCGUGCCACUGCAAUUCUAGGGAUUCUUCUGUGUGUCAUGGACGCCUUUCGUAUUUUUGGACCAUAUGGACUCUUCGCUGAAACUGUACGAUAUGGUGUAGAACCGGCACUGACACAAUUUCCCAAGCCGUGGCCAUGGCUGUUGUAUCAAACGAUAUCAAGAGCAUUUGAACUUGUGAUGGGCUGCACCAUGGCGAGUAUAACUAAACAGCCGUCAGUAAGUCCGCGACAUCAAUAUCUGAGUAGUUAUCCUAAUUAUUCCCCACGCGUAAAACGGGGAAAUAAUCCUUACAUAUGAAGCAAUAGUCCAUUUAGUCGUAAUUCAAAGAAUGAAGAUGCCAAACGACAAUUCUUUUCAUUUAUUUUACCAGAUUUUAAUAUCAUUUCUUCAAACGAAGAUUAAUAUAUUUUGUGAUGUGAUAUUCCUUGAUUAUUUUAAAUAAUCAAAUUUUACGUACACGCUUACGUUUAUACAUAUGUUUUAUAUGUAUAUACACAUAUAUACGUAUGUUUUAUAUAUAUACAUAUAUAUGUAUAUUACAUACACAUCGCGCACAUGCACAUACAUCAUAUACAUAUAUCAUAUAUCUCGAAAUCCUGACUACGGUACAUUUACAUUUGUUAUUCUCUUUAAUGCUAAUUCUAAGAAAUAUUUUUAAUCGAAAAGAAUUGUGUUAUAUAAAAUUUAAUGAUACUCUUAUUUUCACACAAAUAAUCAUAAUCAUGAAUUGGUAGCAAUUUCUAUCAAAGAUCGUAUAUAAAGGCAUUGAUAUCAAUACAUGAGAUGAGACAGAGUCUCGUAAAAUGUACUAAAAACAUAGCAAUAGAUCAAUAUAAUAUUUUAUAAACACGAGAUAUGUGUUUAAACAACAUCUGAUAGUUGGUGCAAUAGUAAUAUUUCUAAAAUCCACUUCUCGUGCAAAGUGUUCAUUUGAGGUAUGUAUAUCGCGAAAACAGAUAUCUAUUUUUUACAUUAGAUUAGUUUUCCGAUGAAUUAAUUUAAUAACUUUCACCGUAUUCUUCAGAAAAAUACGCGUACAUAUAUAUAUAUAUAUUUUUUCUGCUGUUGAAAUAUAUAUCAUUUUUUAAACUCAUAUAUAAUCCAUGAGGAAUAUUUUCGAAGCAAAA